UUAUGCUUUUAUGUCAUAUACAUAAGCAUUAUUCAAUAUGAUUUCUGUUUUCCCGUUGGAAGUCUUUUAUAGUGCGAUAAAGAAUUCUGAACUCAAGGACUUGUAGUCGUACGUUAAGCUACAAUCGAGAUAAUAGUGGUCACACUUGGUGGCAAAGAUGAUGCUUCUUAACAAGUCAUCUAAGAAGAACCUCCUUGACAACAGCAGUUCGAUUUUUCUAAAGGUCGUUGUACUGGUUGCCAUAUGGUGGUUCAGCAAUGUUGUGUCUUCGAUUGCUUCCAAAGAAGCUCUGACCAACAGAUCAGCCAACAAAAAUGUCACUACAACUGACAGCCAACCUUCAAGAACAAGCCAUUGGUUAGAACUGACUACAAUGCAAAGUGGGUUUGGUGGUAUAUUAGGUUUCCUGUGGGGAAAGUAUUAUCUACAACUAAAGUCACCUGUGCAAUUCUCAAGCAACAGUGGAAAGUCAAUGUACAUAGCAUCAAUUGCAAAUACCAUUGGUAAUAGCGCCACCAACAUAGCAUUCUCGAUGAUUGGAUCAAGCUCAGUACAAGUGGUAAAAUCAAUGGAACCGAUAUUUACGUUUACAUUUGCAUUCUUCUUCUUCUCGAAAUCGAGGUCGGACCUUAACAUGUUGACAUUGCUAUCCAUUAUUACUAUAUGUCUGGGCAGUUCAAUGUUUUUAAAGGAAGAUCACCGCUCCAAUCUAAGCGGAAUUGCCGCUGCAGUUACCUCCAACAUUGGAUUCUCCCUGCGCAAUAUAUUUUUAAAGACUUCCGACAACUUGGAUCCACUUCAAAAAUACACAACGUUGUCAAUUUUUAGUUUUGCCAUAACCUUCCCUGUACUUAUUGGAAAAAUGAUCAUGGACGGCAGAUUUAUGUUGGUCAGCUAUACUUCAUCCAUUUCGGUGUUUUUUCACUUUGUCUACAAUCUUGCCUCAAUUAAUGUCUUACAAAGUGUGUCACCAAUCACACACGCAGUUCUAAAUCUAUGCAAAAGAGCUGUAGUAGUAACCGUUAACAUAGUUCAUUUCUCUUUGACAUUGUCGGAUAAAAUGUUUAUUGGACUGGCAAUUUUACUACUCGGUUUAAUAGCCUUUACUUACAUAAGCAGAAUUAACGGAGCGCAAUUAACAUUGACCAAGAAACACAACAUUUUCAUCGUCAUCAUGUUGCUAAUCAUUUUAGGUACAAUGUACAAUUCCGGAAUUAUACUUAAAGGGAUGCCACAAGUCAAUAUGCGUAUUUACACAGCCUACCCUAGUGACAAGGUCUCAGUGUCAACUCACUUGAAUGGAAAUCAAGAGGAUUUAAGAAAAAUUAAGAUCGAAAAAGUAAAUGACCAAAAAGAAAUAACUAACACUGGAACACCAUUGAAAAAGGCAAAUAGAGAGGUUAACUCAGCUUCAUUAAAAGAACUAUACGUGCCCGAUUAUGUUUUCACACUCUGGUUAUAUACACAACCUGUACCAGGUAGUGCGCUACGGAAUAUGGAAAACAUUGCAAUGAAGUACAAAACCUCUACAUUUGAAAUAUUUUGCAGCUCAGCAGAAUGCAUGAAUAAAUUCAAAGCAUGGCAAUCCGAAAAUGUCAAGAUAACAUUCUUUGAGUUGAACAAAGUCAUAAUAGCAACACCUUUUUUUGAAUGGAUGAAAAAGUUUAUCUUAAUCAAGUUUUUAUCUGGUAAACACUUUGAAGAAUACCUCAAGCAUAUUACAAGACUCUCCCUGCUUUAUCGCUUCGGGGGUUUGUAUAUUGAUCCAUUUUAUAAUUUCAAAGACACUUCAUUCCCAAUUUCAAAGAACUUUCCAUGGAUAGCUGCAAAUAAAGAUGUGGAUUUCCUAGACAUCUGUUAUUUCCCUAAGCAACAUGACUUUGUGCGAAGGUUAUCAAAGCACAUUACCGUAGAAGCUUCGAUGCUAAAUUCAUCAAAAAUAUGGCCUGUGUAUUACGACAUGCUGAACAACUCAAAUGUGUUUUACAAAAACUAUAAGAAUUCAAAAGAUGAAAUCAAAGAAACAGAAGUGGAAAAUUUAAAGAGAACCACCAUUGUAUUUACAACUCUUCGACAUUAUGCCACGAUGACACGUAAGAUUCACGGUGGAGUAAUGAGUGUUAAUGUAGGUGAUGAGGUCCAGUCAUUUACUGGAAUACAAUUGCUACCGUAUAUUGACACACUUGUUGAUCGUGGGCAGCUCACGUUGCCUAAGAACUACACCCAAUCUACGAUGAUGUUUUUCAACGCUUGGUGGGGAGAACCGUAUCAGCUCUGGCCACCAAAUAAACUAUUUGUUCCGCAGUUACUUUCCAUGCACACACAGCCUACGAUACAUCGUCAGUUCAUUCGCAAUAUUUCUUACUUGUUAGAGCGGGAAGCAGUCGGUGCCCGUGAUCCAUAUUCCUUGAAGUUCUUUCGGUCUAACAAAAUCGAGUCGUUCUUUUCAGCGUGUGCAACAUUACUCAUCAAGAAUCGAUAUGAACAAGAAGACCGAACGAGUGAUGUUUAUGUUGUUGAUGUUUUGGACAAAAAUUUACAUCUCGUUCCAAACAGUACGAAUUAUAAAAUCAUCUCUCACUUCCAAGACUGCACUAAAUGCACAAGAAAGAAGCUUUUUCAAUACGCCUACGAGAGAAUUGACAUGUAUGCUAAAGCGAAGCUAGUUGUCACGCAAAGAAUUCACGCUGCUUUACCCUGCGUGGCAAUGGGUACUCCGGUGGUAUUUAUAAAUUCUGCGAAAGCACCUGGUGGGGGUGGAACAGCUUCUGGUCCUUCAGAAAGAAUCGCAGGCUUAACCGACUUAUUCCACACUAUUGACUUUUACCGAAAAGCUAAACCUGAAGAGAUGUCGGCAGCAUUUAAUUGGCAUAAUCCUCCUCCAAAUCCCAGAGUUGACUUGUUAAUGGUAUAUCGAGCACGGCAGUGGAGCUAUCUCCGUCGAGAUCCCAUUAUAUACGAUAACGCUAUCAAAUUCGGUAUUAUACCACCUUUAUAUGUAAAACAAAAGCUAAAUAAAACGGCUCUGUUAAAUAUUCAUUUGUUUUACGAUAAUAAAAUGAAUAACGAAAAAUUACGUUUGUACCAUACACGAGUAAUUGAGGCGGUUUUAUAUCACCAUCCUCUCUCCAAUCUGACCAUUUGGAGUAAUUCCAUUGAGAAAAGUAUCUUCGAUCCACUAACAGAAGUUGGCUUCAACAUUACCGUCCGAAAAUACCAAUUAUCUGAAUUGGCAGAAGUGGCAGAUAUACGUCAAGUGAGUGAGUUUGUAAAAGUAACUGGCCUAAUAUCGUGUCCACAUCUUCCGCUCGCUAAAAUGCUAUUACUUUAUAAUAUGGGAGGACUGUUCAUUGAAAAUGACAUUAUUCUGGUAAAAAACCUAUUGGAUCAACCCUUCAAUCAUUUUGAAUCUUUCGAUGGAAAUUUCGUUACUCAUAUGAAAUUCACUAAAGGGAACAACAAGCUUAAGCAGUUAAUCAUAGCAUACGUAGCAAGUCCGAACAACACAUGUACGCCUAAAAUCGCUGUUGGUACUAUACCGAAAGAAAGCAAGAAUCUGGAAGAAUCUUCUCCAAUAAUUCGUCAAAUAGUGCAUGGUCAAAACGAGACAUGUGUCGAUUUACAAAAAGACGUAUUAAAGAAAUUCAAAGGCAUUCAAAUUGAUUUUGGAAAGUUGCGUGAGAGAAUUGGUAAUGGUAAACUUACCUUUAAAUCAACUUGUAAAGCGAUUAUGAAUGAUUAUUGCUUAAUUUGUUAUAAUCAGUAUUAAAAAUACUUUUUCAGUUGAAUUUUUAUGUAUGUGGUUCCUACAUUGUUUUCUAAAUAUUUUGUUUGUAUUUUAUUUUUGCCUUAUCUCAUUUAAAACAAUUUCUUUAAAAUUUCUUCUAAGGCUCAUCUUUACACUCUUUAACGAACGCAAUGUACUGCCUGCUGUUUCUCUAUUUCUACCUAAAUCUUCCUAAAGAAUUUUUCAAUUUAACCAUUUGACUCGAAAAUACGACGAUUGGCGUCAGAGCUAAGCCGACUUACCCGCCACCUACAUUUUGUAAUAUACCACUUUCAGAUAUAAAAACGAAAGCCCUUGGGAGGUUUACCCAUUUUCUCUAACAUUGUGACGGCAGAUGGCCAAAAGUAGGGCUCAAAGUUGAAAAAAUAUCGGGUAAAACCAUAAUUUUUUCUUUAGAAGACAUAUUCUAGACACUAAGGCUGAAGAAAAACUUCAUUAUCUGCUACAAGUAACAUUUCAGAGCAAAGAUGUUUACAGUAUCGUACUCGCUUAACAAUAUCAGCAUACUCAAUAAAAUUAAGAACAUCUAUCCUUAUUCAUCAAAAUUUUAUUGGAAUUUUUAUCAUUAUUUUAUUACUUUAGGAUUAAAUAAUUUUUAUAUCACAAUAUUUAUUAGCAAUAGGACAAUGGAGAUUGACUAAGAUUUUUUAUGAUUUUUCUAUUUAUUAUUUAAGUGUGAGUUUAUUUUAGACCGUGCGAAAAUGUAAAUUAUAUCUCUUUUUUUUCGCGACAGUAUUUCAAUAGUAUAACUUGAUUUGUUCUUAAACCAAAUAAAUCUCUUAGAUAAAUAAAGAAUUAAAUAUUCCAAUAAUUUUUGUCCGACUCAAGAAGCUAGUGCCGUAGAGAAGCUAUAGCACAUUAAGAUUGGAGCCUUUUAGGAUGAAAUUAUUUCAUUGUUAUUUGGAGUGGAAAUUCCACAGCUAUUAACGUUUUAUCCGCAAAGGCUUUUAGGCUGAAAUUCUGUAGAAAGCAUCUCAGUAAUAUAACGCAUCAGUAGGAAAAAUAAAAAUACUUUUUGAGCUGACAUGGAAGAAUUAUUCCAAGUUAAAUGUAAAAACUAAGGUGAAAAGAAAUGAAAAUAUUUUCAAGCAAGAUGUCAAAUUUCACAAAUUCUGAAUAUGAAAUGUGAUAUGAUUAUAAGCUUAUUAUAUCAUUUUAUGAUGAUCAAGUAUGGACGGGAAAGGCUUGAAUAAGAUUAUUUUCAGUGAUUUAGAUUGAUAACGAGCUGUUCGGGAAGACGAUAUUCCACCGAUUUUUUUGAUUCUUAAAUUUUGAUAACCUUUCCUAUUCUAUAGUAUAUGGAGGACAACAUCACUAUUCCAUCAAUGCUCAUUGGACUUCCAACUAUAAAAACCAUUAAUUACACUUAAGGGGUGUAAUCUCAAUUGAAGGAGCGUUCUAGGACGAAUUCUUUCAAACCAUCUCUCAGAAAACAUCUACUCCAAUGAGAUACCAUUGCAUUCCAGUGUUUUACACAUUCAUGUAUUUAAAACUGAGGUUGCUAAUUUGUAUUGGAAUUCUUUCAAUCCUUGAACGCUCAUCGUUAUGGAAUUUGUUUCUCGGUGGCGUUUUCGAGAUGUCUAAAAGACGUGAUUUUGCAAAAUUGAUGUACUGAGGCAUCUUUAAAUCGCAAAAAUAAAAACUGAAAAUUUUAGGACAGAAGUUGUCAAUAUAACGAAGUUGUGGAAUUAUUGUUAAUAGAAUUAGUCUUCUUAAAGUGCUCCCUAACUGUUUGCGUUUAUUUUGUUCCUAUUAUGAAGUUGCAAAAACAUGUUGUAUUUAGUUUGACUUAGUUUGUAAAAAAAACUUAUCUUAUGUUACAAAAAA